AGGGGAGAUUUUUGCGCUCUAAAAGGGCAUUUUUAAGCACUAAUUUUUGUUGUUGUUAAAAAAAUUUAGACAGCAUUGAGAUGAAUUGCCAUUAAGCAUUAAGAAGUUUAAUUGUACAAAGAUGGGAAGUCGGCCAUCCUCUAGAACAGGAUAGGAAGUCCAUUUGCGUUGCGAAUCUGAACAUCAUUUCUGGUGAGGUGCCCUUUUCUUCACCAACCGAGUAAGUUGCAAGUACAAGAUGGGAAGUCUCUCAUGAGCAGCGGAAGAGAGCUCCACGGGACCGUCUUUCCUCCUCUCUCGUCGCCCCUUCCAAGGCUGUCAAGGAUUGUUCAAUCUGUCUCGGAAGAAUGUGUUCAGAGUGAAUUCUUCUGAGGGCUGAGACUUAUUUAUUAAAUUAUUAACUUAUUAACUUAUAUAAGGCCUUGCCUUCUAUGGCUGCAAUCCAGAAGCUUUAUGAGGUCUGCAAAGCAUCAUUAUCUGAAAAGGGGCCAUCAUCUCCUGAAGCCGUCGAAAAUGUUCGUGCUGUAUUAGAUAUGAUCACACCUUCUGAUGUUGGACUUGAGUGUGAAGCACAAGCUGUUCGUGUUUGGAGAAGACCACGAGUGUUGAAUAGGAAAACAGUGCUCCAUUCAAGCCCAGCGAUUAGAUAUCGUCAUAUAUAUGAGUGCAAAAGCUUCUCUGUAAGCCCCAUCAACUACUUACCCACUGUCAUGCUAUUUUAUUUGUAUCUGCAGCACUUGUAUGAUUGUAUCACCAUUAGUCCUCUUUUAUCUCUUGUGCUUUUAAUAUGUUUUGAAGUUGCCCAAUGUCCUUUCACAUUCUCCCUGCAGAUUGGAAUAUAUUGCAUACCAGCAUCAUCCAUCAUUCCACUGCACAACCAUCCAGGCAUGACUGUGCUCAGCAAACUUCUCUAUGGUAAAGUGCAUGUCAAAGCGUAUGAUUGGAUUGAUAUAGAGGAACCCGGUAACUUAUCAAAAGUCAGACCAGCCAAGGUCGUGAGGGAUGGUGAAAUAUCUGCGCCUUGCGCGGCGAUGGUGCUUUGUCCAACAGGGGGUGGGAAUGUCCAUGCCCUGAAAGCCAUCACUCCCUGUGCUAUCUUGGACAUCUUGUCUCCUCCUUACUCGUCAAAGGAUGGGAGGCAUUGCUCCUACUUCCGGAGACGCCAAAAGUCGCACCCGACGGGCAUUUUAUGGGACCGAACAAGGGAGUCUGAAUUUGUCUGGCUGGAAGAAUACCAGCCCCGUGACAACUUUGUUAUUAGAAGAGACCUGUACACAGGACCUACUUUGGAGCUGUGAACCCACCUUUCGUUCAUAACGUGCUCGGCGCUAUAGUUAUGCUUGCCCUAACACUUUUAAGUUAUAUAUCAAGAAGCACACAGAUACGCGUAAUGCAAAAAGAUUGUUGUCUUUUGUUCUCUUUGAAAUUUUUAUUUAUAGGCACUCUUUGGGAAUUUGAUCUGAUAAAACUAUUGUAAGAUGAUGUUAUUGUAUAUUUCAGGUUGUGUAACAUGUUGGCAAAAUAUUUGUAUCUAACUAUAUGUACCAAUUGGAAGGCGCUUUUGAGCCUUCCUCUCAAUAUGAACCUUUCUUGGAAA